CACUGAUCUUCCAAUCAGUUUUCUCUCAAAUGUAUUUACGUUUUAUCAAGUGUUAAAUAAAUCGGGAUAUUUUGAAGGGAGGAGACUACUAUCGGAUUGUUUUAUCUUUCACCAAGUCAGUGACAAUCUGGUGCGCUAUUGGGUAGGGAGAGAGCGCAGCGGAGACGCACAGGGAGGUCCAGUCCAGGAAGGUAGCGGCUUCCUGUGUGAAUAAUUUGUUAUUCUAGAGGCAUCGGCUUGUUCCCAGGUUUGGUGCGAAUGAUCCAUCAGCAGAAUCUCAUUGAAACACAUUCUUUCCUUGUACUGUAGUUUCUUACAAGAAAGAAUUGCGUCAACCAAAGGAUACGCGCGCUGCAGUUUAUCCAGAAGCGUUGUCCAAGUUGAGCCUCUAGAAAUUUGGAUAGAAGCUGGUACAGUAUGACUUGUCGGCUUGGCAGUGUUAGUGCUUAUCUAUAGCCUAAUACUGACCCGCGCGUUAUCAAUCACGACCAAGGUCGGCAAAUAUCUGAAGGUCUAAAUAUGAUUAUAAAUAGCUCGGACAUAUUUUGUAACUAUGAAGAAAUAGGUAACUUCACCAACAACUCGUCAUGUGUGAACACGACUCAGUCCUCACCCAGCUUCAUCGACCUGGCGACGUUUAUGCACAUAUUCCCGUCCAUAUACGGCAUCCUGUGUACUAUAGGAGUGAUCGCCAACGGUUUGGUGAUUUACGCAGUGGCGACAUGCAAGAAGAAGAUUGUAUCGGACAUCUACGUGCUGAACUUGGCCGUCGCAGAUAUGCUCUUCUUGCUGGUGAUGCCUUUCAACAUUCACCAGCUGGUCCGGGACAGACAGUGGGUGUUCGGGAACUUCAUGUGCAAAGCUGUCGUGGUGGUGGAUGUUAGCAACCAGUUCACUACCGUGGGGAUUGUAACGGUGCUGUGUAUUGACAGAUACAUUGCCAUCGUCCACCCCACCUCAGAGAAGCGGACCAUCCAGUGGACCAUCAUCAUCAACAUCCUGGUGUGGGUCGGCAGCUUCCUGCUCACCGUGCCCGUCAUGAUCUACGCCAUGGUGGUUAGGAAGCGCGACUUGGAGAUAUGCAUGAUGUUCCUGGACGGGCCUGAGGACAUGUACUGGUACACUCUCUACCAGUCCAUCCUGGGCUUCAUCUUCCCUCUCAUCAUCAUCUCCACCUUCUACUCCCUCACCCUCUACCACGUCUUCAGAUCCAUCCGCAGAGUCAAACGUAAACAGACUGUCUGGGCGAAGCGCGCCACCAAGACCGUGGUGAUGGUCAUUGCUCUCUUCCUGGUGUGCUGGAGCCCGUAUCACGUGAUCCAGGUGAUUAACUUGAGCAACAACAGGCCAACCAACACCUUUGUCUAUGUCUACAACAUCAGUAUCUGUCUGAGUUACUCCCACAGCUGCAUCAACCCUCUGAUGCUGCUUAUCUUCGCUCAGAACUAUCGCGAGCGUCUCUGUCACAGGAAGGAGUUGAGGAGCUCGCAGCAGAACUCCUCCAAGACCACUGUGGUCAAGACAGACGGCUCCAGCGUGGCCACCGACCCCAACUGCCGCAGCACAGCCAUGUAAUAAUAGAGGCAUUGCCACUCGCAUACUGUAUGUGUGAAUGGGUAGGACAUCUGUUCGUCCCAAUAAGACUACCAAAAGUCAACUUUUUUCGUUCUGCUAUCUUUGACGAACAUGAGCAUUUUAAUGAAUUACUGAAGUUAAAGUAGCUGAACUACACUGCUAUCUUUCCAGGGAACAGAAGUGGCACUGUGUGUUAGUGGAUGGAUUACCCGACUGACUGUACCUAAUUCACCAUCACUAAGAAUCAUUGAUCCUGUGGUAGCCAAAUGUUUACUGAAUCGUUGUAUAAGCCGAGCUACUCUGAGAAUGGACUGAGAUUGUUCAUAAUGGAAGUAUCAAAAGGACGGUGUAUCUCUUUCUCUCUCAUACGUGCUUUAACCGCAUUCAAAUAAUC